AUUGGCCUGUGGGCUCUCCAAUUAUUUUCUCCUGUUCCAGGUGUUGCUGUUUGAUUCCUUCCGGUCUCCGUACAGGAAUUUCAACUGCAUGACGUCAUUUAUCCUGCUAACAAAGUUAGGCUACUGCAAAACAGAGCUGUGAUAUUAACCUUCCUUGGAAAAUGUGACGGGAUUUAGCGGACAAUUUCCCUAGAACUGGAUUUUAAGAUUUUUGGAUGCGUAGAAUGAAAACACCCCAUUGUAACUCAUGCUGGAUCACGAUGAGAACUUUCUGAGAAGAAAAAAAAUCGACGACACACAGAAAUUAGCUAUAUGGAGGAACUGGAAGGUACACAUGGAUGCCACUGUGCGGGUUGCGGAGGAGCAAUUCAAGAUGCAUUCAAUGUGAAGGUUCUGCAAGGAACUUGGCACAAUACCUGUUUUCAGUGCUCGGAGUGCUGUGACCACCUGACCAACUGGUACUAUGAGAAGAACGGCAAACUGUACUGCCGUAAACACUACUGGGAGAAGUUUGGGGAGCUGUGUCACGGCUGUUCUCUGCUCAUGAUUGGACCUGCCAUGGUGGCUGGAGAAUACAAGUAUCACCCAGAAUGCUUUGUAUGUCUGAGCUGCAAGGUGGUCAUCGAGGACAGAGACACCUACGCCUUGGUGGAGCGAUCCAAGCUGUACUGUGGGAAGUGCUAUAAGCAGGUAGUCYUGGCGCCCGUGUUGGAGAAGCGUUCGGCCGACUCGGCCCUGGACUCUCUGCCCCACACGGUCACCCUCAUCUCCAUGCCCUCUGCCACCAACAGCAAGAGGGGCUUCUCUGUCUCUGUCCUAAGAGACGUUGCCAGCGGCUCCGCUAGCGUUCAAGUCAAAGAGGUCAGAGGAAUGCAUAUCAGCCCGGAGGUUCGGAAUGCCAUCCAUGUUGGUGACCGGAUCCUGGAGAUCAAUGGUCUUCCAGUGGGGACACUGAUGGAGGAAGAGGUGGAGGACCUCAUUCAUCGGACCAGUCAGACGCUGCAUCUGCUCAUAGAGUAUGAUCCAGUCAGGCAGCGGUUGGAAAGGCUCAGACUUGGGUCCUCGCACAACCGCUUGGGGGUCCCCGCCACCUCCCGCAUGCGCCUGUCUUCGCCCUCUGACAGUGUCCUGGAGAGGACAGAUCUGGUGGAUGAUGCCACCCUAAAGAGGAGGUCUCUAAGGCGUAGCAACAGCAUCUGUAAGUCCCCUGGGCCARCCUCCCCUAAGGAACACCCUAUCUUGACCCGGGACAUCGGGCGCUCUGAAUCCCUGCGCUCCUCCAGCAGCUGCUCUCAUCGCAUAUUCCGCCCCUGUGACCUCAUCCAUGGAGAGGUGCUGGGCAAGGGCUUCUUUGGCCAGGCUAUCAAGGUGACCCACAAAGCCACUGGUGAGGUGAUGGUGAUGAAGGAGCUGAUUCGCUGUGAUGAGGAGACCCAGAAGACCUUUCUAAAGGAGGUCAAAGUGAUGAGGAGUCUGGAACAUCCCCACGUGUUGAAGUUCAUCGGCGUGCUAUAUAAGGACAAGAGGCUGAAUUUAAUAACCGAGUUUAUCGAGGGAGGCACACUGAAGGAUUUCAUUAGAGACAUGGACCAGUUUCCAUGGGAGCAGAGGGUCAGCUUCGCUAAAGGUAUUGCUUCUGGAAUGGCCUACUUGCAUUCAAUGAGCAUCAUCCAUAGAGAUCUUAACUCUCACAACUGCCUGGUGAAACUGGACAACACAGUGGUGGUGGCAGACUUCGGCCUAUCCCGGCUCAUGGUGGAGGAGAAGGUCAAGCACCCUCCCCCUGAGAAGCUGGCCAAUAAGAAGAGAGUGUUCAGGCGCAUUGACCGUAAGAAGCGCUACACAGUGGUGGGGAACCCCUACUGGAUGGCUCCAGAGAUGCUGAACGGUAAACGCUAUGAUGAAAAGGUGGACAUUUUCUCCUUUGGAAUUGUGCUUUGUGAGAUUAUUGGGCAGGUGAAUGCCGACCCAGAGUGCCUUCCAAGGACCUAUGACUUUGGCCUCAAUGUAGACAAGUUCAUGGAGAAGUUCCUCCCUGCUGACUGCCCACAAGCUUUCUUUGCAUUGGCUGUGGCUUGUUGUGACCUCAUCCCCGAAAACCGGCCUGCCUCCCAGAAGCUGGAGGACUGUUUCGAAGCCCUGUACCUCAACCAGGAGAUGGGCAUCCCUCUGCCAGCCGAACUGGAAGAGCUGCACCAGAGACUGUGUCGACUCCACCCCCCCAAAGACAGCUCCUCUCCGUCCCAGUCCACACCCCCAACGCCAGCCCCUGCUGAGAAUCCCAGCCUGGCUGACAACAGCACCUAGCCCACCUUCCAGGACCACCGUCUGGACUGCUGCACUGGAUGAGGAGUGGGGAAGACGGACCUAACUCGUGCCAUCUGGGAACUGGA